AUGGCAGGAACUCUACCCGAGUUUCUUCAAGGAAUAGAUAACUGUCCUUCAAGAAAACCUCUUUAUAAUCUAGAGUUUUUUGAAAUGACCAAUAACCAACUGCAUGGUAAAAUCCCAGAUUGGUUAGUUCAUCUUGAAAAUCUAGCUAGUCUAAGUCUUGCGCAUAACCUUCUUGAAGGUCCCAUUCCUGCUUCCUUAGGGUCAUUGCAAAAUAUUAUCUUCUUAGAACUUCAAGAUAAUAAGUUAAACGGUAUCCUCCCAACUAGUUUAGGACAGCUUGCUAUGUUAUCGAAGUUAGAUGUUUCAUCCAACCAGUUUACAGGAAUGGUAACCGAAGACCAUUUUGCAAAGCUUAGUGAGUUGAAGAUUUUGAUCAUGUCUUCCAAUUCAUUCACUAUGAAUGUUGGUGUGAAUUGGACACCGCCAUUUCAAGUAUCUUUUCUUCAUAUGAGUUCAUGUCCUUUGGGGCCUUCAUUUCCACUUUGGCUGAAAUCACAAAGUAAGCUCCAGUAUUUAGAAUUUUCAAAUGCAAGCAUUGUUGGUUUUAUACCAAAUUGGUUUUGGGAUAUUUCAUCUCACUUGGUAAUUUUUAACAUGUCUCAAAAUGAGUUACGUGGCCGGCUUCCAAAUCCAAUGCCCGUGGCAGUUGCUUCUCCUGUUAUGGUUGAUCUAAGCUUUAAUCUUCUUGAUGGACCCCUUCCUGUUAUAACACCUGGAUUUCAGAUGCUAGAUCUCUCACACAAUCACUUUUCUGGUGUGAUUCCGUCGAACAUAAGUCAACAUAUGGGUACUGUGGGAUUUUUAUCUCUUUCUCGAAACCAACUGCACGGAGAAAUACCAUUGUCUUUAAGAGAAAUGUCCUAUGUGACUGUCAUUGAUCUUUCAAGAAACAACUUAAGAGGAAGGAUCCCUCCAAGCCUUGCAAAUUGCUCUUUUCUGGAUGUACUAGACCUUGGGAAUAACAAUCUGUUUGGGACAAUUCCUGGUUCUCUCGGCCAAUUAAAACGUCUCAGAUCACUUCACCUUAAUGACAAUCACUUUUCAGGGAAUUUGUCAUCAUCUUUAAGGAAUUUGUCAAGUUUGGAAACCAUGGAUAUUGGCUACAAUAUACUGUCUGGUAUUAUACCAUCUUGGUUCGGACAAGGUUUUCCGUUACUUAGAAUUCUUAUUUUGAGGUCUAAUGCAUUUUCUGGCGAAUUACCGCCCGACAUUUCAAAACUAAGUUCUCUACAAAUCCUUGACCUUGCUAGAAAUGACUUGAGUGGCAAGAUUCCUGCUAGUUUGGGUUAUCUGAAAGCAAUAGCCGAAGUGCAGAAGAAAAAUAAGUAUCUACUGUAUGGAAAAUUUGAAGAACACUACUACGAAGAAAGCUUAGAUGUGUACGUGAAAGACCAAAUGUUAGAGUAUACCCGGACUCUUUCCCUUGUUACUGGCAUAGACCUUUCUGAUAAUAAUUUCACAGGCAAUAUUCCCACUGAAAUAACAAAAUUGUAUGGUUUGGUGGUUCUCAACUUGUCAAGAAACCAUUUAACUGGCCAAAUUCCUGAAACCAUGUCAAAUUUGCUUCAACUAUCAUCUCUUGAUCUCUCAAACAACCAACUUUCUGGAACAAUUCCUUCAAGUUUGUCUUCCUUGUCAUUUUUGGGGUCCCUAGAUAUGUCCAUGAACAAUCUCUCGGGUGUCAUUCCUUAUAUGGGUCAUAUGACAACCUUUGAUGCUUUAACUUUUGCUGGGAAUCCUGGUCUCUGUGGUCCUCCACUCCCUGUGACGUGUUCAGGUGAUGAUGACAUUGACAACAGACAUAGUACUAAUAAUGAUACAAAUGGCAAAGGAUUGGUUGAUAACUGGUUUUACUUGAGUCUUGGUUUGGGGUUUGCGACAGGUAUUCUUAUUCCUUAUUUCAUUUUAACAAUAAAGAGUUCUUGGGGUGAUGUAUAUUUUGGUUUUGUGGAUCAAGUUAUUUACAAAUUAUUGAGGCUAAUACGAAAACAAGGAAAAGGUGAUGGACAAAGGAGGAAGAUACAUCAGAGGGAAUAGUUUAUGUAUCAUGUAAAUAUAAAUUUCAUAUAUGGUUUUGUGUACCAUCCAAGGUUUAAGAUUCAAUAUAACGUAUCAACUAGCAUGAUGCAACUGGAUAUUAGCUAAUAAGAUAUGGUUUAUUGUAUCUCUCACACUCUUUGCAAUACUUUUUUUCUGAUUUUCCUGCAACCUUAUCGGUCCAUUUAAUUGAAACUUUUUG